CGAAUAACUAUUUUCAAUCUCACUAAAGCUUAGCCUACCCCAUCGCCUCUGAUGAGUUGAGUAUUGACUGCUCGCAUUGCAGCCGGAGUAGAUGAGUAACGGAGGCGGCGGCGGAAGGGACUUCCAGGCCGCUCCUAUUGCUCCGUAUAGCUUGAAUGAGAUCUGGCCGUUCGCAAUCAAUGCCGCCGCCCCGGCGGCGUAUGGGUUGGGGAUACCCGCGAAUGUGAGUCGAGAGCACUGUGCGCCGUUGAGUGAUCCGCUGUUUUCGGACCAGACAGUGAAACAGAACAGCAGCAGAGCUAGGAAGCCACGCGAGGAUGACGAAUCAGCUAAGGGAGUUUCCACCAGCGGCAAUGGCUUGAAUGAAAGUGAUACUAAGCGACUGAAGACAGUAUGUUCAAAUGAUAACCCUGAGUCUAAAGUCAAUGGAGAAGGGACUUCUGGAAAGCCAUUAGAACAACCUGCAAAGCCCCCCGAAGCGCCCAAGGAUUACAUUCAUGUUCGUGCACGGAGGGGUCAAGCAACUGAUAGUCAUAGCUUGGCAGAAAGGGCCAGGAGAGAAAAGAUCAGUGGAAGAAUGAAAAUUCUUCAAGACAUAGUCCCUGGUUGCAACAAGGUUAUCGGCAAAGCACUGGUCCUUGAUGAGAUUAUUAAUUAUAUCCAAUCAUUACAACGUCAAGUUGAGUUUUUGUCAAUGAAGCUUGAAGCAGUUAAUUCAACAAUUAACCCCGGAAUUGAAGGAUUUCCAUCAAAAGAUUUUCCUGCACAUACCUUUGAUGCAUCUACUAUAGUGUUUGGUUCACAAGCUACUCGAGACUAUCAUCCGGGAGCUUCACCAGAUUGGCUGCACAUGCAAACUGGUGGUGGAUCUGAAAGAACCGCAUGAGUAAAUAGACAAAUGAGGAUCUGGUGCUUCUUUCGCCCUAUGUCCCUCUUCGUUCGGCAAUACUACAUGUGUCUAUUGGUUCACAGAUGGAGAAAGAGUAGUUCUGAUGUUUUUCGCAUACCCUUAGCAUGCUUCUUCAUGCUUUGUAACUUACUGCACAAAAAGAUCAUUAAAUGAAAUUUCU